AAAUGGGCCAAUGUUUGGCAACAUUGUGUCAAGGUCACUUGUGUCCUAUGCUUGUGUCAAAUUUGGCAAGUGUUAGUCAGUGGCGGCAUUUCUCGUAGUUUUUUCGUUUUUUUCGCCGAAUUCAUCAAUUUUUGUUCAACAUGUCGAGUGGCGACAAUAAAAACCUUCAUCCAGGGCCCAAUACUCAUUUAAUUCCAAGUCCGCUGAUAACGAAACGAAAUCGAACACCGUCUACAUGCGAGCGCAUCUUAAAACACCAGAAUUUGUACGGGGAAAUUAAGUCCUUCUGUCGGGAGAAAGGGCACGGUUUUAUCACACCUGAGGACGGGUCUGAGGACAUUUUCGUCCACAUUUCAGACAUUGAAGAUGAGUACAUUCCCAUACCUGGAGACAGGGUUAAAUACCAACUGUGUCCAAUUCCGCCAAAGUUUGAAAAACAUCAAGCAGUACAUGUACACAUUGUCAACCUCAAACCAGAAGUCCAUAAGAGAUGGGAAAGUUACUAAACAAAAUCUCGAAAUAUAACUCACCAUGCAUUUAUUUUAGCUAAUAUUUCAAACAUAUUCCUGUAUUUUUACGUGUUUUAUGUUCAUUAAAAUUAUAUAUCCUCUAA